CCAUCCAAUCGCUGCUUGUGGGAGGGGAGAAGGGUUGCUUUAAAAGUUGCAUCUGGUGCCGGGGAUCUGCAGACCUGCACAGGAAAACCUAGAGACAGCAAAAUGGUUGAAUGGACAGACUUCGAGCGCGCCACCAUCGUGGACAUCUUCUCCAAGAUGCAGUAUGAGGUCGUGGGCCCUGCAGCUCUUGCUAGGUGUCUGAUCGUCUACCCCUGGACUCAGAGGUAUUUCGGCAACUUUGGAAACCUCUACAACGCCGCUGCUAUCUCUGGAAAUCCGAUGGUUGCAAAACACGGAACAACUAUCCUCCACGGUCUGGACCGGGCUGUGAAGAACAUGGACAACAUCAAGGCAACCUAUGCCGAGCUGAGCGUGCUGCACUCUGAGAAACUGCACGUGGACCCCGACAAUUUCAAACUCCUGUCCGACUGCCUGACCGUUGUGGUUGCAGCUCAGUUGGGUAAAGAUUUCACUGGUGAAGUCCAGGCAGCUUUCCAGAAGUUCCUGGCCGUGGUGGUGUCCGCCCUGGGAAGGCAGUACCACUAGAGAGCUGCAACAGAAGACCAGCACAUGCUGAUUAUGAAAGCAAAUAAAAUAAUAAGCAAACCAAACAA